UGGCUUCUGUCCAUUCCGAGGACGAUGGCUGCAACGCAUGGCUGUCUGAGGUCGCUUCGUCCUGCUCCCCUCCUCUCCUCCUCCUCCGCUGCAGCAGCAGCAGCACCGAAGCAGCUAUUCCACUAUCCAUGUCCUUCUCGCACUUCACUCCCCAUUUCGAGAAGGGAUGCGCUUCUGAUAUCUGUUCUGCCCCUCAGCUUCAUUGCGCUCCCCCUUCCUUCGCAAGCCAGGGAGAGAAGAGGAAGGAAGGCCAUCGCUCCCGAGGAGUACUCCACCAGCCCUAAUGGUCUGAAGUAUUAUGAUCUUAUUGAGGGGAAGGGCCCGAAAGCUGAGAAAGGUUCCACAGUUCAGGUACAUUUUGACUGCAUCUAUCGAGGAAUUACAGCCAUCUCAAGUCGUGAAUCUAAACUUCUAGCUGGCAAUCGCGUUAUUGCACAGCCUUAUGAAUUUACUGUCGGGUCGCUACCUGGUAAGGAAAGAAAGCGUGAGUUUGUGGAAAAUGCAAAUGGCCUCUAUUCAGCCCAGGCUGCACCAAAACCCCCUCCAGCUCUGUAUUCAAUAACCGAAGGAAUGAAAGUAGGAGGGAAGAGGACUGUGGUCGUUCCUCCCGAGCUCGGUUAUGGAAAAAAAGGAAUGAAUGAAAUACCACCUGGAGCUGAUUUUGAAAUGAAUGUGGAGCUUUUGGAAGUGAUACCUCCAGGAGAAAAGUAAACCAUGUUCUGAAAAGAGCACUGUUUCUUCUAUGUUUUUCCAUAUAUGUAUAUUUUAUGAUUUCUUCAGUACUAAUUUCCUCUUUCAGUGGAAAUAAAGAGCAUCAUUCUGUGUUAGUAAACCUAUUCUUAAGCAAGAGAAAGGUCAAUAGAUCUUUUUUGUUAACCCUGCAAACUAGAAUGUUGAAAUUUUUGCUAGCAAGUUGAGCUACUUCAAUGUUGUACUUCAACAAGAAAUCAGAAAUUUUGGUUUCUAUGACAAUACAUUUCAAGUUGAGCUA